CCUGGGAUCUACAGCCUCCAUGUGUCCUUACAGUGAGCCGCUUGACCUUCCAAUGAAACGCUCCCUCCGCGCGUUUCCACCGCGCAUGUUUGUGCGUGGCUCAUCAUGUGAUGCAAUAGGCUACGGUUACACAUUGAUUUAUUGUAAGUGAAGCAGCAUGCUCGAGUAACACGCUGUCUGCAUUUGGAUUUGUUAUGCUUUUAUAAAAAUCUGUCCGCAUUUGGAGGUGAAGCCGAUUCCAGCACGGGAGCUGUCCGACACUGACGGAUGCUGCUGGCGCGUGAACCGAUGAUGCUGAGCUCGAGCUGCUGAAAUCCUCCUCCUCCUCCUCUCUCUGUUUCUCUCUCUCUCUCCUCUUCUCUCCCUCCUCGCUCCUCUCCUCUCCUCCACACGCACAAAACGCUCUGUCAUGGCGUCUUCCAACCAUGUUACCCCCACCAACUGUAGCUGGUGGCCCAUCUCAGCCAUGGAUGAAGACGGCAAAAUCACAGACGGGGAGGAGUGCGAAGAACCGACGGCAGAGCCCAAACCCUUCAAUAAAGACAGGCUGGUUUUGUACCACUGGACGCAGUCUUUCACCUCUCAAAAGGUACGUCUAGUCAUUAAUGAGAAGGGUCUGGUCUGCGAGGAGAGGGAUGUGAGCUUGCCGCUGCAGGAGCACAAGGAGCCCUGGUUCAUGAGGCUGAACCUGGGCGAGGAGGUGCCCGUCUUCCUCCACGGCGACACCAUCAUCAGUGACUACAACCAGAUUAUAGAUUACCUGGAGAAAAACUUUGUGGGAGACACGGUGGCACAGCUGGUUCCUGACGCAGACUCGCCUCUCCACGAUCGAGUGCAGCAGUACCGUCAGCUACUGGAUGGCCUCCCAAUGGACGCUUACACACACGGCUGCAUCCUCCAUCCGGAGCUCACCACCGACUCUAUGAUCCCAAAGUACGCCACCGCAGAAAUACGUAGACACCUGGCGAACGCUGCGACGGAGCUGAUGAAGUUGGACCACGAGGAGCCUCAGCUGACAGAACCGUACCUUUCCAAGCAGAAGAAGCUCAUGGCAAAAAUCUUGGACCACGAUAAUGUGAACUACCUGAAGAAAAUUCUGGGGGAGUUAGCCAUGGUUCUAGAUCAAGUGGAGGCCGAGCUGGAGAAAAGAAAACUAGAGUAUCAAGGUCAGAAGUGUGAGUUGUGGCUAUGUGGACCUGAAUUUACACUAGCUGACGUCUGCCUCGGAGCCUUGUUGCACAGGCUCAAGUUCUUGGGACUUUCUAAGAAAUACUGGGAGGACGGCAGCCGACCCAACCUGCAGUCCUUUUUUGUGCGUGUGCAAAAACGCUACGCUUUCCGCAAGGUCUUGGGCGACAUCCACACUACCCUUCUGUCGGCGGUCCUACCCAACGCCUUCCGGAUGGUAAAAAAGAAGCCACCGUCCUUCUUCGGGGCCUCUUUUCUCAUGGGCUCGCUGGGAGGGAUGGGCUACUUUGCCUACUGGUAUUUAAAAAAGAAAUACAUGUAGUGAAUGCCCUCUUGUUGUGUUAAAUGUCUGUGUAUUUGUGUGAUGUUUCAACUUUUCUGUAAUGUUUUAUGACUGCAGGAAAACAUAAUGAAUCUAUAUAGAGAACACUAUUACUUACCUGGGUGAACAAAGAAUAUUAAAACAUUCCAUAAUAAGAAAUCCUUGACAGCACAUUUUCUGGUAAUCAAGGCCUUCAUCGACUUUAAUUUCUGGCAACUUGCGGCCGGCAAGUCUUUGUUUAACUUUUGUUGGAGGCAUGCAUCGGGUCUUCUUACACUGAAAAACUUAAAGAAGAAACCCAGACAAAAUGUUAAACACAGUAACACCAACAGGGGUUAACUGACCUUCGCAUGCCACUAUUAUAGCCAUUACUCAUACCUGCUCUUCACUCCUCCAUCAGCCUGAGGUUUAUCCAGUGAAACCGCAGGAAAAUGUUACAUGACAAAUACUUUCUGAUAAGUGCUGUGCUGCCAGAAACUGCCACAUGAAGUGAUGAAAGGAUGGAGGCAAACUUUAACGGAGUAGUUUGACAUUUUAGGGAAUUUGCUUAUUCGCUUUCUAGCAGAGACUCAGAUGUUUGGAUUGAUAGCACUCUCAUGUCUGUCCAUUGAAUAUGAAGCCACAGCCAGGAGAUGCUUAGCUUAGCUCAGCAUUACGACUCGAAGCAAGGGGAAACAGAAAGCCCACACUUGGCCCCAAACAGGGGCGCACCACCAGUAGAGGUAAAUCAGGCAAAUGUUUGGGCCCCCAAAAAAGAAAAGGGCUCCUCAAUGUCCACUCAUAGUAGCACAUUUUGUACGGUGGUGCAGUGGUUAGCAUUGUUGCCUCACAGCAAGAGAGAGCCUGGUUCAAACCCAAGGUGGGGGAGCCCUUCAGCGUGGGUUUUCUCCAGGUACUCCAGUUUCCUCCCACAGUCCAAAGACAUGCAGGUUAACUGGUGACUCUAAAUUGUCCGUAGGUGUGAAUGUGAGUGUGAAUGGUUGUUUGUCGCUAUGUGUCAGCUCUGUGAUAGUCUGGUGACCUGUCCAGGGUGAACCCCACCUCUCACCCAAUGUCAGCUGGGAUAGGCUCCAGCAGUCACAGAAAAGGAAUAAACCUAUAGUCCUAUAAAAGCACUAUACAGUGCACCGCCAGUGCACAAAAAUCACCCAAGGCCCUGAUCAGAUGUGAGGCGCACUGCACUGCCUUUUUAUGUUGAGACUGCCCCAAUAAGACAGAGCACCUUUUUACAUCUUUUUCAUGUUUAAUUGUUGCUAUGCAGCCUCUAAAUCAUUUGUCGUUAGCAUAACCGGUAUUUUUCUGUGAAGUCAGCUCACAGAUCUCUUCUUUAAAAUCUGCUUUAAAAUGGCACCUGUUCUGCCUCUAAUUGAGGGUGAGAGGCUGUUCCCAAAUAGUAUGUUGGUCACAGGAAAACAGAUAUCUGUGUGGCUACAUGAGACUCACAGUCCCUGAGAGGACCACCAGCCAAACACAGAGGCAUCACCUUGUUGCUGAUGGUCGGUUUAAGGCUCAUUUUAAGCUGAGUCAGGGACAGUUUGACAAUCUGCUGUCAUCGCUGGGCCUAAUUACGCUUGGUGAAAUGUUUGAAAGCAGCUGAGGUGAGAAUUUGUUCAAAUAUGUCUUGCAGCUUGGCCAGGACAGUGUUGAAAGUGAGCUAACGUUAGCUUACCACUUGUUGUUAUCACCACCAUAGAAGGCUUUCAAUUCAUCUGAUUGGACAAUGGGAAAAAAUGCCAAUGACAUUGAUGCUUUUUCUACCCAGAGUUCAAGGUGCUCCUGCAAAAAUAGAGGCACAUACAGUGGAAAAACUAGAGGUGCUCAGCAAUGCAAAAGCAGUGCGCGAAACGUCAUUGAAAACAUUUACAAAAGGACACCCCAGGCUAAUAAACGCACUCUAGGAUAGCCUUUUAGAUAAUGCAUGGCCUCGAUUGGCCUCGAUGGGUUUCUUUGCCUGUCAAAGUAAAAUGUCCGUAAGCAUAGGUAAAGGUUUCUCCCAUCAAGUUUGCUUUUUUAGAUCACAACUUUUGCGUGGGAAGUGGUGUACGCCUCUUUCAGGCCUUGUUUUGUGUGUAUGCAAUGUGUGCAAAACAGGAUUGCCACGGGCCCCAAGUAUUUACACGAUGCUCAAAGACUAUUUUAACCCUCUAGGUGUAAAAUAUCCCAUCAGUUGCAUGAUAAAAAAAGAUUUAAGCUUAAGUUGUGACUGCAUUAUCUAAUCCAGGUCGCCAGAAAAGACAUAUAUGUCUUUGCUUUGUUUGUAGGAAAAUAUAAGAGAUUAAAAAGAAACAUAAAUCUGUACCAAUACAACAGAUAUUUUGGCUCAUGUUGUACAACUUGAGCAAGGAGAUUCUUGCAACUAUCUUUGUUUGGAUCAGCAAGAUAAGGUGCAACUUGGAAAGCAUGUUGAAACUUUUUUUUUCUCGUAUAGCACAGCAACUUCUUUCUGUCCAGAUGGUCAGAGAAGUCUUUGAGGAAUCAGGAAGUUUCUUGGGAAUGAUUUGUUAUGUUGCAGCCUUAUGCUGAAAUCAUUUAAAUUCACUUUCCACUCAUCAGCCUACACUCAGUAUCCCAGUGACAUAAGUAUUCAGAUCCUUUGCUAUGACACUUGAAAUUGAGCUCAUGUGCCUCCCAUUUUUCCUGAUUGUCUUUCUACACCUUGAUUGGAGUCCAGCUGUGGUGAAUUCAACUGAUUGGACAUGAUUUGUAAAGGCACACAACUGUCCUUAUAAAUUCUCACAGCUGACACAUCAGAACACAAACUGAGUCAUGAGGUUGAGGGAGCUGCCUGCAGAGCUCAGAGACAGGAUUGUAUUGAGGCACAGAUCUGGGUAAGGCUAAAAACAUCUCUGCUGCAUUGACGCUCCCGAGAGCACAGUGGCCUCGAUCAUUCCUAAAUGGAAUUAGUUUGAAACAGCGAGGGGCUGCAAUCACAAACACUCUGAGAAAGAUCUCAGAUUGCUCAAAACGUAGCCUGAAAACUUUUAGUAAGGAGUCCCAGCUUAGGGAGAAUUCACAGCAACUCUGAGCAAAGAAGGGACAGAGGCUUUAACCUUGGUGCCGAGGUGUGGCUGACUUAACUAAGUAUGACUCAUUCUUUUAACACAUGUGAUUGGUUGUCCUUUUGUGAGCCUGCAAGGUGUGGACACCCAGUGGAAAUGAAAUGAACUGCGUCCCUGAAGUCAUUGUUUGCUGUCUGAAGGUUGAGACAGACCCAAGUCAUCACUGCUGCUGUUUUUCCUGUUGCCAAAUAUCUUAGUGUUGUGAUCAUUUUAUUUCUGGCGUUAAAGCGUUAUUGCGUCAGGUGGGAGAUGUGAGCUCAUGUCUAAUGAGAUCGACCACAGACAUUAUCCCUGCGCAAUGUAAUCUGUAGUGUUUCAUUUGCUCGCUGUCAUCCAGUGUUUGGAGAAUAUUCCACCUACCUUAUUGCCUUCCCACCAUUUUCUCCUCUGCUUCAGAGACUCUUAAAAGUCCUCCUCUCUACUCCUAACAGUUUCUCACCUAAGGAGCUCUCUCAGGAGCUGAGAUGCUUUGUGAAUAACUUAUCUUUACAAGGACCUAGUCUUAACUUUUAAGGGGAAAUUCUUGGAGGAUGUCAUAAUUGUAAGAAUUUUCUUAGAAUUUCAUCAGUAGGUGUGACUCUUUGUACUGAGAAGAUUUGUCAGUAUGGGCUGACUGCCUGGCUGAGCACAACUGGGGGGAGCGAAGAGCCUUUACAAGAGAGCAUACUCAGGGCAGCACAGUGAUGCAGUGGUUAGCACUAUUGCCUCAAGCAAGAGAGUUCUGGAUUUGAACCCACUAGCCAGGUGGGGCCCUUCAGUGUGGAGUUUGCAGGUUCUCCCUGUGUCAGUGUGGGUUUUCUCCAGGUACUCCAGCUUCCUCCCACAGUCCAAAGACAUGCAGGUUAAUUGGUGACUCUAAAUUGUCCGUAGGUGUGAAUGUGAGUGUGAAUGGUUGUCUGUCUUUAUGUGUCAGCUCUGUGAUAGUCUGGUGACCUGUCCAGGGUGAACCCUGCCUCUUGUGCGGUGCCAGUUGGGAUAGGCUCCAGCCCCUUGCUGACCCUGUACCAGAAUGCUGUUGCAGAUAAUGAAUAACCAAACUGAGAAAUGAAAGGAACCUGAGCUGAAUGUAAAGAGUCAUAGCAAAGGGCCUGAAUACAUAUUGAUGUGUUGUUUCAGUAAUCUUAUCUUUAUCUUACUAUAUAAUGACGAAAACUCUGUGUGUCUGUUCCACGUUUUUCUCCUCACUGACUUGGUCAAUCCAUGUGAAAUUUGGCACAGUGGUAGAGGGUCAUGGGAGGAUGCGAAUGAUGAAGCAAUAUUACAUCAACUGGCCAAAGGGGGGCGCUAUAGCAACUGAUUGAAAUUGCAAACUUUGAAUGGGCAUAUCUCAUGCCCCGUAUGUCGUAGAGACAUGAAACUUUGCACAGAGAUGCCUCUCCUCAUGAGGAACACAUUUGC